CUAAAUCUUUGUUUGUGCCAUGACAUCGCACACUGACAAUAACUUUUCUGUGACUGAAAUUUAAUUCAUUCAGUACUAGAAGGCAGAAGGUCUUGAAAAUCGAACUGAAAAAUGCUAUCUGAAAAUGACGGUGAUUGCCAAGAAAGGAUAAGCCGACGCGUCGAAUUUAAGACAAGCUACAGUGUUGAAAGUUUAACAUCAGGAAGUAGCGACGGAGAAUCCUUUUCACCGCGUUUGCCUCAUGUAAGGAGAAGGGACAGUCUGUUACAAAGAACAAAAUCCUUCAGUCAGAUCAUCCACGAAAUGGGCUCAAGCACAAAGAAGUUAGAAGAAGAAAUGUAUGGACUUCUACGCGAUAUGGUAAGCUUCUACUUCAAUAAAAACCUCUUUUGUUGCCAUAUUCGACCUUCUUGUACCAAAACAUAGCGUUAUGUCUUUGAUAAUCGCUGCGCUUAGAGGCGAAUCUCGCGUUAGAUUGUUACCAGAAAGAAUUUUUCUUCUCCACUUCUAUUUUCGGAAUGAUUUUGACUAGUGGUUAGUUAUGGCAUAAAGCUUCUCGAAUGUGAUGCGGCGGUAUCACACAAAGGAUGCUUUGCGUAACACUGGUGAUAAGAAGCGUUUUGUUUGACAAAAGCCCUCGUGUUUAAUUAUUACAGCAGCCAUUGUGCAAACAUCGACAACACUAACCAAUUCCAUUUCCCAUAACAUAUUAGAGUCGUAUGCAGAUUUACAAAAAAAUUCAUGCAGAUAUAUUCAAUUUAAUUUACUUUAAUUUUUUUGGAUCAGUCCAGAAUCAAAGAAAUUACGAGGAAUCUCAAUGUUUAGAUUAGUGUUCUUGUCAGAAUUAAGGUUUAAUUUCCACCUGCUUAUCACUUACAGCCCCUGGGAAUCUUCUGUUUAAGUCUUCAGCUCGCGAACACUAAGAUAUGAUUUAUUGUGUUCAACUUGUAUCAUCCUGUUUAAUGAAAGAAUGUAAGUAUGACUGGUAAAUGACGGCGAGAUUUUACUGCUUAAUAACUUUUAAAAUUUAAGUUAUUAUGAUAAGUUGUUAGUUCUAUUUAUUUUUUAAGUUGAUUGGUUUCGUCUCCCAUUUGCAAACGUUUUUCAACUCUCGACAAUUUUCACUUUGCUCAGUGCAGUGUAUAGUAAAACAAAAGAGCUUAAUGUUCUCAAGAAUAAAUGUUUUGGGCCCAACUCAGACUCCUUUUUGGCUCGAGCCGCUAUGUAUCAACCACAUCUUGUAAUUGAUUCCUGUUUAGUACUAGUAAAAGGUAGCAUACUAGGUGUUCUAAAUCUUCACUUGGUUUGUGUCACAGGAUACCCUUCGCAAUCAGAACCUCAGUACUGGCCGGCGGCUUCAACGUCUACAGAGAGUGUCGGGAGCGAUGAAAGAACAACUACAGGCCUUCAGUCCUGUGCGGUCAGCAGCGAGUCAUCGACAUCUUAAUCACACGAACAUUAUGACCAUGAAUGAAAAGAGAAAUUGUUACUCAAUAGAAAAUCUGCCCACAGAAUCAACUUGAGUCCGAAAUAAGGGAAAUUGGCUAUUGUAAACAUCAAUUUUAUGGAUCAGCUGGCUUUGUUAAAAGAAUCAGUAACACAGGAUUCCAAUAAAAACAGAUGUAGACAGUCAUCUAGUCAGUAGACUGUUUUCGUGUCCAUCUUUGAGGUAAAUUCAAUCCGAGAAAGGAGUCAUAGUUUUAUUAAGUUUUGAUAAAAGUAAAUGAGGGGACUUUCCGUGGUCUUCUAUCUGUAGUUAUUGAAUCGAGUCAAGAAGUUAUCUACUUGUAAUUGUUUAACUGGAGUAUUUACUGAUUAAAGUGAAGUGUGACUAUAGCCUGGCGAGAGAUUGUAAGAUCAUUCUCUGCGGCACCACUGUCCUGGUUAGUGUUGGUAGCAACAUUCACAUUCAAAGGGCCCGGUGGCUUCUGGGACAAUUGUUGCCCUCUGGGGUGACCGCAUGUUGUGUGGGACACCCCACUGAGCGAGAGUUUGAAGAGUGUCCUACUUGCUGUGCGUGAUAGAGAGUGUUAUGUUCUCCAGAUCAUGGCUAACCGCACGCUAAGAGUAAAAAAGCGUGACUAGCAGCACUUGAGAUGUGACGUAAGCACUUGAAUGGGUUACGCGCAUCGAAAGCUCAUUUCCCGUUUUCUAAAAUAUUCUUAUAACUCACUAACAAGAACAUUUGAGGCUACUUCAGAAAGAGGAAGCAUACAUCACGCUGUCUAGAUCUUCAAUCCCCUAUCUAUAAUACAAACGAGCCAAAAAGCUAAUCAGCACAUCGUCGGAGCCUUUGAAUUAUAGGAUGCUAAGUAAAAUCUCGUUGAUAUUGUUAGACAAUACAAGCCGCCUUGUUCACCCACUUUUAAAAAAUUCGGACAUUAAGCCUUACCAAUAUCAUUACUGACGUUUCGAACCCCUCCUAUCGCUCUGACGAAGGGCUCGAAACGUCAGCUUUUAAACUCUUUACGGCAGCCAAUUUACGAUAUCAACUCAGUUGAUAAUACUAAAUUACCCUGUUAUACUCUCUCACCGACGCAGCACCACAGUUUCUUUAAAAACUUACCCCCCCAGUAUCAUUACCGACUGUCAGCUCCAGUAAAAUCUUUAGAGAAUUUUUCAUUCAAUGAAUGUCAUAGCUUUUCACUAGUUCAUCGAAAGAAAAAAUAGAUUCAAACCUCCUUUUUCUAAAAACAAUAUAGCAUUUUGCACUCUAGAAAGUUGUUGACCUUUGUUUGCUGAACACAAAUGAAUUUCCUGUCAGAUCUGUGUUUUUUUCUUCACCCAAGCAGAAAAGCUUACAUUAGCUUCUCAAGAGAUGUCUCUUGAAGAAAAAAAAAGAGAAAGUUUAUCGGCCUGAUUAUUAUAUUUAUUUUGACUUGAGAAAGUUAUUCUCUCGCAUAAUAUUCCUAAAUUAAUUGUUAAAAGAACUAUCGAAACUGUUGAAAUUGAAAUUGAUUACAAAUCAAACAUUUCAAUCAAACGCACUUGAUAUGGUUCAGCAAGAGAGAAUCAAGUUUGAUUCUUCAGCGUUUACAUUAUUUUGUACACGCUCGCAUUCAAAACAAGCAUGGUUUGUUCUUUUUUAUGAGUAACGUACACCUUUUUCCUUCCUCUCAAGAGUUUUAGGGUGCGUCAAACCUUAUAAUUAGCAUGUGAAACUGCUGGGCAAUAACUAUAUUAGCUGAAGCAGUCUUUCAUGUUCACAGGCGUGUUAUUAAGGCUGCCCUCGGGGACAAUUUAAGUGUUAUUAAUCAUACGAUCUCGUGACACAUAACUAGUAGAUAUAUCGCCACAAACCAGGCCGUAGAUCACUCUUACGUGGCCACAGAUUCCUUGCGGAUAAUUUGGCGAUGAAGGGUGAGACUUGUUUGACAAGUUCCUUUAAACAAAUAUGUUUUGAAUAUUUCUGACUUGGUCAACAGAUAGCAGGGAAACUUCAUUUUCCUAUGGCUGAGAAUUUCAGCACUAACCUCGUAUUUGUCUUCUACAGAGUACAAUUUUGUUGAGUCAGAUGAUGACUCAGGUUUCAAAGAUGAUUCAAGCGUCGCAUUCUCAGUGGAAAGCGGCCAGUCAGGGCGAGUUGCCACUUACAAAACUAAAUCUUGGAACUGCUUCGCCACAAAAAAACAGGAAGCUAAAGUAAAACAAGAACAGGAAGAAAAUGGCACCGGGUAUGACAACCCACGAAAACAAAACUUCUUUAAAAGAGCAACCAGGAAGAUCUUUGGCAAGACCAGGCGGAUGUUUAAUAAGAAAAAUCAAGAUAACAAAAUGAAUACCACAGUGAAAACAGAAAAGAAACUGAAAGAAAAUUAUACGGAACAGGUGGCCAUCAUAAUACCGUCAGACAGCUGUGCGAGUGUGAAUGAGGAGCCAGCACCUUACCCUCAAAAUGUCAACUUCAUUCGAGCAGAGAAGAUGCGAUGCUCGAUUCGAGAAUCCCGCGGCUUGAACCCGCGGGAAGCUUUGCGGCUUCGCGAGAGACAAACUAUGCUUCGAGUUCUGUUUGAUUUUCAAGCAUGUGAUGACGAUGAUAUUUCCGUGAUGAGAGGAGAACUUGUUCAAGUACUCAACAAAGAUGAUAAGGAGUGGUGGUGGGUUGAAAAUGAACAUCGACAGAGAGGAUUUGUGCCGCGGAACUUUCUUUGGCCCUGUGGCUGUUACGGUAAGACAACAUCUUUUAUAUAGAACUAACAUAACUUAACUAAGUUUCUCCUUUUGAAGAAACAGUACAUAAAUGGCUACUUUUUUCAAGUAAUUUUCUUGUAUGAGUUGGCAUAUUUACAAAAACAUCGGUAUAAUAAAGUCAAUAUAUAUCAGCGAUGCUUAAAAGUAAAAAAUCAUCCAAAAAUGUGCCAAAACAAGGUUGUCAAAAUUGCUAACAGAUUAUUGGACACCUUUUUGUUUUCGUUCAUUCAGUAGAAGGAUAAUCCAGGUCGAGAAUUUAUUUUUCUGAGGGAAAAAAGAACAGAAUUGACUCUGUUGAUCUUUGGUUUUGUUAUCAGCAAGAGAAAUCUUUAUUGCUAAAGCUUUAUUACCUGCGACACACAUUACCCGGGAGAUGUGCUUGAGAUAGCACACCAAUGAAUAAAUGAAUACGUUGAGUCCGAUAUCACUUCGGAAUUGUUUGAAACUCGCUCAGUCGCUUAAACAAAGAAGAAUAGAGAUGAGUGGUUGGAAAUGGAAAUUAAAAUUUAUUCAGGUUCAUGGCACUUGACAUGCACUCUGUUGAUAUUUUUGAAAUGUCAUGCUUAAUGUGGGAAACUGAAAUGGAAUUAAAAUGCCACUAAGUUACAACCGAGUAUCAAUCAUUGACAUUUCUUAACGACUAUUAUUUUUACCUCAUUAGUAUCUUAUUCCCGCGUUCAAUUCCAUCAUAAGAAUGCUUUUAUAGUAUUUGCCCAUUAUGACACAUAUUUAUAUUGAGAGAUCAGUGAGAGUAUUAUCACAUCGUAAAAUACAGGCACGAACCUUGCAUUGGGGGCACUCCUCUGUGGUCGGGUGGGACAUAAAUACUUCGUAGAAAAUAUUCUUAAAGCUAACUUCAUUGAUUCAAUAUUUGAAAGUAGAUUUUAUGGUAUAUAAGAUCAUUAUAAGACAAAUUGAGGGAAAGUUAUCGCUCUCCUAAUAUAGGAAAAGUGAUAUUGCUUCUUAGAUCAUUUUCAGGAUUGAUGACGACUCUUCGCUUAUCUCACAAUGUUCUUGUAUUGUGAACGGCUAUUAACGUUAAAACGCUAAGCAUCAUUCACAAAUGUAAAAUUCGAGACACAAAGACUAAAUGUAGUGUCGUUAUUUUGAGGGAAGGGGUGGGUUUGCUUUUUGUUGAGGUAUUGGUAACUAAUAUGAAGAUGAGAUCUGGCGCAAAGUGUUACCGUGCGCCAGUGGGCACGAGGAGGGUUAAAACUUGUCAUAGCUAACUCUCUAUCUUUAGGUGCCUAUGUUAAUUUAAUUGCCUUUUAGUUAAUUAACGUUUGAUUUGUGAUAUAAAUGGUUGAACAGCUACAGAGUUUUCAAAUGCCUUUUUUUCUGCUGUAGUGUGUCAACAGUUUAUUUUGGACAGAGUGACGAAUGUGGGCCCAGUCCUCAGCGACCAGAACAUUGAACAACAACGGUUCCAAGCAGCUGAUCAAUUCAUCAGGGAGGAAUCGUUUGGCGAAAGAACACGGCUCAUUGGAAACAAAAGAUACACGAGUACAUGGUGCUGAAGACCUGGUCAUGUAAACCUGGAAAAUCUCCGCAAGAGAUUUAAAACAACACCUGAUUGAAAGUGUUGGGCUGAAAAACGCUAAUGACACAACUUUUUUCGCUUUGUUGCUGUUCUGCCGAAAACACACUCGAAUAAUUUUGAAUUUUAUUCAUGUAAUCUGUUUUAUGGAAAGUGGGUGAAUGAGUGAGAUUAAGUUAAAAGUGGGCAGCUGGCAUAAGAAGCCGUUAGUUUUUCAUCUGGUCAAAUGUUGUUUGUAAAAAGUCAUAAAAUCAUGUUUUGAGAGGUUACUUAAAUAAAUGCAAUUUUGAGACAUUAUUUCGAGAAAAGUGUGAUAGAAAUCAAUGCAAUUUUGUUUAAAUGUUAAUCUCUAUAAAGAGGGAAUUUCCCACUAUAUUUCUGAUAUUUGUCAUGUGGCCAGUCCUAAGGUAGGUUGAAAUACGAAAUUUGUCAAGUUUUGUAUUUUUGAGAGGCGUAUGUAACUGAAAGCGCCUUUCCACCAGUCUGAGUCAGGUUUUAGAAUAACGUGAAUGUACCGUUCGUCGAUAUUCUCAUAUCCUAUAAGCAGGCCCUCGUUUUUUCUUCGACUUGUCUCAAAUCUGCCCGCGCGCGGAAAAACUCGUGUAAUGAAGUGAGUUGUUACCUUAACCUACACCGUUUGAAAGCGUAACUUUUGAGGGCUAUUGCAAUAGAUAUUGAAAAAUUGGAAGGUUUUUCCUCCUCCAAAUGUAUAAGAAAUGACGGCCUAACGAUUUAAGAUUCGGGAUGAAAUAAAUAGCUUAUAAAUAGCUUCUCAUUCGGAGCACCCAUGAUACCUAUGAAGGACCGAGAUUUUGUAUAUUUUUAAGUAUCAUUAUACUGUACGUAAAUUGCUAGAUUAGUUUGUAACUUUUAUUUGUCAAAGAACCUUAUUUUAUUGUCUUGUACUGAAUUAAAAUACAGUAGGGUGAUUUUACAAUUUAUUGUGUUUAUUAUUUCACAUUUUAUUAGUUAAUUGUAGGUCCGCAUCAGCCUCAUGGCUGCCACUUUUGUAACCUGCAUCACUAAAUAAAAUGACUGAUUGAUUGAUUAAUGAAGAAAGGAUGCUAGAGCCUCUUUCUUGGUAUUUCGUGACUGUCUAUCAUGUAGCAUAAAUCGAAAAUACUGGGCGUGUUCAUGUGAUCACGUGACAUUCGCGGUUAUUGUAAUCGCUUUGCCUGCAGAUUUCUAGUUGCGUUGUAUUGAUUCGACUCAAAACCUUUUUCUCUUGGUUGACAUGUCGAAAGGACCAGCAGUUGGAAUCGAUCUUGGUACCACGUAUUCUUGUGUUGGAGUUUUUCAACAUGGGAAAGUGGAAAUUAUCGCAAAUGAUCAGGGAAAUAGAACAACACCAAGCUAUGUAGCGUUUACUGAAACGGAACGCCUGAUUGGAGAUGCUGCAAAAAAUCAAGUCGCAAUGAAUCCCUCAAACACGAUUUUUGGUGAGAAUUCAAAACAUAUCCAUUCUUUAUAAUCGAAGAGCGAUGGCUGAAUGUGUGCCCACGUUCCUUUGCAGAUGCUAAGCGAUUGAUAGGUCGACGAUUUGACGAUCCUUCGGCGCAGGCAGAUAUGAAACAUUGGCCCUUCCAGGUGAAAAGAUGUUGGCUUUUUCGGAAUUUGUUGAGUCUUGAUUGAAGUCUCAGAUUUUAAUUGAACAUCUUAUUAAAAACUGAUAUGAUUAUUGUACAAAGUGAUACCAUUCUUUCUUAACUGUCAGUCAAAAGAAACGUUACCUUUAUCUAAGUAACUUACUUUCGUUUUCUAGAUCAUUAAUGACUCUGGGAGACCUAAAAUACAAGUGGAAUAUAAAGGAGAAACUAAAACAUUCUACGCUGAGGAGGUAUUUAAGAGAUUAAUUAGUUUCAUCGAGAAAAAUAUUAUUUUCUGGAAUACGAACUCAUUAUAUCAAUAGCCCCAGCCAUGCCUGCUAGUCAUACCUCCCAAAUUUUACUUCACAACCAGUAACCGUCGAUGAAUUAUUGAUCUGCAAUGACUCAGCCAUGAUUGCAACAAUUCACUAAGAUUUUGUAACUAACAUCUGUAACAAAUUACUUAAAAUCAGAUAUUAGAUAGAUGGGUCAAGCUUCUAAAACCAUGAUAGGUUUUCCCUGCAACAUCAGAAGUUAUUGCCCCCGCAGGGUUUUUGGCCCCAAAGGGCCAAAAACCCGAGGAGGCACCUUAGGACUCCCCGUGUAAUAUAGAGGAAGACGGGAGAAGAGAGAAUGUGGGUAUUUUCAGUAGAUCAUAACCAGAAAAAAUCUCGAUUUGAUCGCUUGCACGGCCGCAAGGUAUCAACGUUUUUCCCGCAAAUGGUCAUGGGCUGCCAGUAAAAAUACACGCGCGCGAGGACUUUUAGAAUCGGCCUCUUUGACACGAGAUUUGUCCUAGUAUAGAGGAAGACUGGAGAAGAGAGAAUGUAGGCCCUCUUAAGGUAUAAUUUUGUGUCUAAUAACUAUAUAAUAAUAAAUUGUUCUUCAAUGCUGUCUAUAAAUUGUUCUCCAAUGCCACCUAUAACAUUCCAAUGUUAAAACUCACCCAAGUCCCUACAUUCUGCUUCUUCUUGAUCGUGAAGAACAAACAAAUCCUAAGUUAAACCACACAGCAAAAAAAAAAAAAAAAAAAACCCCAAGCACUUCCCAAAACUACAUUUUGUACACUUGUAGUAUUUUGAGAUCCAAAAUUACUAACACCAAAGUACUGAGCCACAAUUCCGUAACAGCAUAACAGAAAAAUUACACAACUGUAAACAACAAGCCCAACUCAAAAAAAAAAAAAGAAAAUGGUACUGUAGGGCGGGGGCAGCUCUAGUGAGAACUAUAACUAGUGUAAUAUUUUUAGGGCCAAGUAAUCCUACUCCUUGUUUUGGACGGUUACCUCCAAACUUUUUAUCAAGAUUUAUUGGGUAUUCUUUAACUACCAACAGAACCCUCCUUUUAUCAUUUGUCAAUUUCUUGUUUACAGAUUUCCUCUAUGGUGUUGACAAAAAUGAAGGAAACAGCUCAGGCAUAUCUUGGAAAAACUAUCACAGAUGCUGUGGUGACUGUGCCAGCGUAUUUCAAUGAUUCUCAGCGCCAGGCUACAAAAGACGCAGGUUGGUUUAAGUGAUACAAAUAAUGGGAGAUUUUACAAAAUAUAGUAAUGAUUUAACCUUUUAACUCUGAGUAGUGAUUUACCUGUAACUUCUCUCUAUGAUAUCCAUACAUUAUCAAGCAAACAGGUAAUUAGAAUACUUUAAAUUAUCAGGUAGAAUUUGGUAUUUUGAUUUAAUGCUAAAUUCCCAUUUAUUAAUUUAUAAAUGUGUAAUGAAGUGUGUUGUACCUAGAGGGGAGAAUGAACAAUCAGAUCUUGGCAAUUAAGCCUGAAUAACAGGUCCAAACAAAAAACUUAACUGAGGUGGCUUUUGUUGGUUAUUUUCAGGUAGAGUGUGAAGUAAUAAAGUAUAUAAAGUUAUAUGAUAUGAUGAGCACACUUGUGUUUAAUGUGUUAUCUGAACCUUGUUCUACUUUGCUCAUCCUGUGCAAGUAAAUGUGAAAUUUUAAUAUGGAAAAAUUCCAAAGUUAAUUUGGAAAAUUAUGAUGAAUGUAAUUUACAAUGAACUCACGAUGAACCUAAUUUGUGCUUUAAUGUUCUUUCUAAGGUGUGAUUGCUGGCUUAAAUGUCUUGCGUAUUAUCAAUGAGCCAACUGCUGCUGCCAUUGCAUAUGGUCUGGACAAGAAAGUUGGUUCUGAACGCAACGUCCUUAUCUUUGAUCUUGGUGGUGGUACAUUUGAUGUCUCCAUUUUGAGCAUUGAAGAUGGUAUAUUUGAAGUCAAAUCUACAGCUGGAAACACUCACCUUGGGGGUGAAGACUUCGACAACAAUGUUGUUGAUUUUUUUGUGGAUAAUUUCAGAAGAAAGUACAAGAAAGAUCUUUCGACCAAUAAACGUGCUCUGCGUCGCUUGAGGACAGCCUGUGAACGUGCCAAGAGGACCCUCUCCUCCAGCAGCCAAAGUAGUAUUGAGAUUGAUUCCUUGUAUGAGGGAAUUGAUUUUUAUACCUCACUUACUCGUGCCAAGUUUGAAGAAUUGAACAGAGAUUUAUUUGACAAAACCAAAGAGCCUGUUGAGAAAGCUCUAGGUGAUGCUGGAUUGUCCAAGAACCAGGUUCAUGAGGUUGUGUUGGUUGGAGGAUCAACUCGCAUCCCAAAGAUUCAAGAGAAGCUGCAGGAUUUUUUUGAUGGCAAAGAACUCAACAAAAGCAUCAAUCCAGAUGAAGCUGUAGCCUAUGGUGCUGCAGUUCAAGCUGCAAUUCUGAGUGGUGACAAGAGUAGUGAAGUUCAGGAUUUGUUGCUUCUGGAUGUAGCACCAUUGUCACUUGGAAUUGAGACUGCAGGAGGAGUUAUGACAGUUCUUAUCAAGCGCAACACAACCAUACCCACCAAGAAGACAGAAUCCUUCACUACCUAUUCAGACAAUCAAACCAGUGUCCUAAUCCAGGUAAGCAGUGGUGUCAGGGAAGAAAAAUCAAAGAAAAGUGUAACUGUGCUCUUAGAAUUCAGCUGUUGCCCUUAACUCAUUAAAUCCUAACAUUAGUAUCUAUAUUCUCCAAACUCUUCUCUAGACAUUUCAUUUUGUACCUGACAAGAAGAAUUUGUUUAACAGUCAAAGCUUCUUAGGUUGGAAAUCACCUCAUAUUCUGAGAUGACAUUGAGGCUUUAUAUUUGUACCUCCUUUUAGAGUGAGACAGUUCCUCUUUUAAUUAAUCAAAAGAAAUACAAACCAGAAACAAAUCAAUAAAAGAGCUCAUAGAGCAGUUGUAGUAAGUCUUAGUUCCUUGUUUCAAAUUCAGCCCAGAAAUAAAUAUCAAAAGAGCAUAAAGAGUAGUUGUAAUAAGUUUAAGUUCCCUGUUUCAAGUUCAAGGAAUUACUCAGUGUCUUUGCUAAGGGAAUGCCAUUGAUCAUGCCAUUAGUAAAGUAGUCCCACAUAUUUACAGUACACCAUAGGAAAGAACCUAACAGGGGCUGGUUUCCUUUCUGUUGUUAAAGGUCUUUGAAGGAGAGAGAGGAGUGACAUCAGGCAACAAUCUGCUUGGAAAAUUUGAGCUGUCUGGCAUUCCACCAGCCCCACGAGGAGUUCCACAGAUUGAAGUGACUUAUGACAUUGAUGCAAAUGGAAUCUUGAAUGUUUCAGCUGUUGACAAGAGCACUGGUCGUGAGAAUAAGAUCACCAUCACCAACGACAAAGGCAGAUUGUCCAAGGAUGAUAUUGAUCGCAUGGUGCGUGAAGCUGAGAAGUACAAAGCUGAAGAUGAUUUGCAACGUGACAAAGUCCAGGCCAAGAACUCACUGGAGAGUUAUGCAUACCAUAUGAAGAGCACAGUGGAAGAUGAAAAGGUGUGAACUUACUAUGAUUUUCAGUUGAGUCAGUGGUGAGAUGGAAAUUUGGCAACAUGUAUCGACAUUAAAAUUGUGUUGUUGCCAAAGGCAAUUGGUUCCAUUUCCAUCAGGUUCAAUAUGUCAUUUGACUUCUUUUGGGGUUUUCACGUUUGAUGGUUGGUGGCACACAGCUCUUGAGAUUCAUUUACCACUGCAAGUAAGGAGGGUUGUCCAUGAAAACUCAGUUAUUUAAUAGUCAAAAGACUUAUCACCAAUUUUUUUCUGGGCUUCACUCAACUGAAAAUUUACCUGAGUAAAAUUAAUGUAGUAUGCAUCAACACUUAAGUGUGUACUGAUAUACUACUUGAUCUCAAACACAUCAUUGGUCUUGUGUCAUUUAAAAAAUAUAGGCAUCUGCAGCAUGCAAGAAUUGUUUUUUUAGCUUGAUAUGUCAAGAUAGAACAAUUAUUGUUCUUAAUGUUUUCAUAACUUUCAAAAGAACAAAAAUCUUGCAUUACUUUACUUUAAGAGAAAAAACACAAUUUAUCUAAACUUGCACAGGUAUUUUGUGGUCUCAUGUCUCUUUUAUCCAAAUACUUCUGAGAAAAAAUAAAAUGUAUCAGUGCCUUGCUUACUGUAGUCUCCUUUGCAGCAGUUGUUUGGUCUUGUCACACAAUGCCCUCUAUUCCUCAUUUAUGAGAGAGCCAUUGUGUGACGAGACCAAGUAACAGUUGUUAAAGAGACUAUGCUUACAGUCCUUCCUCUAACAGAAAGAAAAUCAAUAUUAUUCAUCAACAGUUAGUCACCACAAAAAUAUAAUUCCACAUAAUUUUACUGAGAAAAGCUGACUGAAACUGUUGUAUCUCCAACAGACCCUAACCAAAGAUAUAUUGCAAUCUUGUAUAAGGGAAAACGCACUGAGCAGGAGGAAAAGAUAAUAUUUCAAAAAGGGCUCCUUGAAUGGUUGCUGCCUUUCUGGACUUUGCUCUGUGUGUGUGAAAUAAGUGACAAAAUGCAGGUUGUUUACAAGGAAUUGACAAACAAUUGGAUCAUUUUUGUUGAAAAUAUCAGUUGAAGUCUGAGAUUUUUCCUUUUUAAGUUAUUAAUGUUUUUUAUUUAUAAUUAUUUCUUCAGGUGCGAGAUAAGAUCUCUGAAGAUGACAGGAAAACAAUUGUCGACAAGUGCAAUGAAACUAUUAGCUGGCUUGAAAGCAACCCUGAUGCAAGUAAAGAUGAAUAUGAUAAGCGACAAAAAGAAUUAGAGAGCAUUUGUAAUCCAGUGAUUACAAAGUUAUACCAGGGUUCUGGAGGUGCCCCUCCUCCAGGGGCAGGAGGCUUUCCUCAGGGGGGUGGGGCUCCUACCUCUGACUCGGCUAGUUCUGGAGGACCAACCAUUGAAGAAGUUGACUGAGAAAAAUGUUGCCCCAGGAAGGAGAUUUGUUCACUGAACUUUUUGAGAUUAAAUUGAGUUAUUCAGUGUUUCCCGUAUGCUUUAAGGUAAAGAGAGCUCAGAUUGUUUGAAUUUUAAUGUGGUGAAGCUCCAAGAGUAAUGCAUGAAAAAAAGCGGAAAAAGCAUUCCUUGAAAACUAGAUCAAUCCUGUCUCAUUUGUACACAAGUUUUGAAAACACCUUGUUUUGAUCUCUGGUGGCUUAGUUAGGUAUUGUAGCUUCUCUAUUUGUUAAGGGCCAUGACUGAAAACUUUUUGGCCUCAGAGUUAAAGUGCCAUUCACUCUGAGUUAGGACUGAGUUCCUCUGCUUAGCAGGAGCAAUUUUGAUAUGGAUUUCUGAAAGUUAAUUUCACAAGUUUGUAGUGUGUAUUUUGUUAAACUGAGUAAGAGGGCGAGAGUUUGUCAGGUGUUUUGUUAGAAAAACACCUUAAGUAUUCUGACAAAUAUUAAAACAAGAUAUCCAGCAAAGAAAAGAAAUGGCUCAUUCAUAACAUGC